GUGACAUGGAGGAUCUCUUGCUGCAGAUCGUCCGAGAAUCCAGCAAUGCAAGACUACAAAAUUUACGGAAGUCUGCGCAGGAAGCGUACGGUGAGUCAAUUUAAUAUAUUCUUAUAACGAGCUGGUGACACUUGUUUCACCAAUUUAAAGCUGAGAGACACUUGUGAUAAUUACCCUCUGUGAUAUCUUAUCUACCAUUCGCUUAUCAAUUACAAUUUCUCGUAUUCAUCAAGUACUUCUUUUCAUUAAUUUAAAAUGAGGAUUUAGAAAAUUCUGAAACAAAUAUUUUCUAUUGAUUAAUUUAACGUAUUUUUUCUAGACUUCCUGGACAAGCAGCAGGGGCUGUUACGUGAUCCACCCCACGAGCUGCGGGCAAAAUGUCUACAUACCUUUCAGCUAGCAUUAGAAACGAAGAGGAGCAAAUUCGUCGCGUUUGGUCUGUCAGGAUUACACAAAAUGUUAAGAGACGACAGAUUCCAGUCACCCUACGAGCCAGAAGACGACUCUCUUUGGCUUCCCGCACAAAUGUUGCACGCGAUGAGUUCCAUGUUGUCACAGUCAGACGAUACGCAAACGGACAUGCUGAAAGUUCUGUUACAAGUCGCCUGUUCCUCUUAUUGGACAAUGAACGGUCGUUUAAUAAUUGCCAUUCUCACUACCUGCUGCGAGGCUUUCGAAAAUGGGAAUCAAGCGGUGAGAACCGCGGCUCAAGCUGCAACCAGUCAAACCUUGCGAUCUUUUUGCCUGUUCCUAGACGAGGAGUGUCAAGAAAUGGAUGAGAACGCAAAGAAGAAUAAGAAUUUAUGGGAAAGAGGUGUCUCCUGUUUCAACGAAGCUCUGCCGAUUCUUCAAUACAUCUGCAGCAAGUUGGACGAAGCUCAAAACAAUGGAAGAAACGGAAACACCGUGGUGUUUCUACUGGAAUGCCUGCAUACCUUGAUCUCUUCCCUACCGCAGAAAAUCCAUACGAACGCACACUUCACUACCUUCCUAUGGCAGAAAUUCUGCCCUGCGUUGAUAGCUUUUCUAGGUACACCGAGAGUCGAUAAAACGUUCACGUCCAGGGAAGGAAAAGAAAACGAAAUUGGAAGAGGAUCUGGUUAUUUGGCCACUUCUUUGAGCUUUGAUAGUCAUCAGGCUAAAACUGUUUAUAGCAUUGGGACUGAGUUAGUUCGAUUAGUGGGCUGCGUGGGUCCCCUUCGUCCAGUUCUAGAAUCAGUAUUUCACAGAAUGUUACUGUACCCUCCACCCCAGCAGCGCUUAGAACCUUUGAAAGCUUUGAAGGAGCUUCUGCGAAGUCCUAGUCGAAUGGUCGACUUUGCUGGGCCAUUAUUAGUGGAAGAAGACAAAUCUAGUCAUAUCCAGAGCGACAUGGCUUUGAUGAGAUUAGCUAUGGAUUCAAUCGAGGAAUCAACAACUGGUGGUUUGAGUACGUUGCACGCUAGCGUGUCGUGCGUAGUUGCAAUGCUAUCCGCUCUUCAGGAAUUAUGCGAGGGGAAGGCCAUUAAUCACACCUACACGUGCACGAUCAAUAGUUUAUACGAAGACUUGGAAUCCUGUGACUACAAGGGACCUUUGACUUACCAGAGCAUGGCACGGUUGCCAAAAACCUACAGAGAGCAACUGGAGCUCAUGAAAAAGGGGAUAGGCUCUGACUCUGACUCUUCAGGACACGGUCCUUCAGAGGAUGGCGAUUCCACGGACACAGAAGGCCCUCAGAACGAAUCCGACGAGGUCCAAGAAGAGAACAGCCUGGAAGACAACGACUAUGCGAUAGAGAACGAAAGAGAGAGACUGAGACUAGAAAAAUUACCAAAGUGUCUUCACGUGGGUCGUCAAGUAGCUGACGAAUGUAACGUGGACAUGGAGAGGCACAACGCUAGAAAAUUCGUCAGGACGUUGAAAAGCGACCUAAUCCCCAUGGUGUUGAGUCUUAGAAGCAAUAUAGAGGUUGAUGAAGCUUUGCAGAACUUUGCCUCGGAAUACUGUCAAGGAGUUUUCACAACGCAGCAAAAGAUGCAGGAACAGACAGACACAAGUACGGAUUCGUGUGCACUGAUUACGAUCAUGAAUGCAGAUGGAAUUUAUUUGGCCACUUAUGCGGCGUUGUUGUUGAAUUUGAAAUUGAUUAGGAUUAAUUAUUAUCAUGAAGAUAAUCGUCAAGUCCCCAUUAGCGAGGAACAAUUUGUGGAGGAAGUACAUGGAUCUGGGGUUCUGGUCUAUCUUUCAGCAACCUGGUUGUCUGAGCUUUACCAGCAAGUCCUGGCGUGUAAUUUGCUUGAGAAAUGUGGCUACAAUCCGCAUUAUACGGAGAACAGCGCCCUGAUAAACGUGUUAACUGAUGUGGAUGGAAUUCCUGGAAGUCAGAGAGGCGGGCAGCUUCUGUCCGAUUACAUAAGAUUAGAAAAAGCUCAAUUGUCUCGAAGUGAACCAACACCGGAAGCAGAAGCGGGAGCGAAACUUUCGAGGAGAGUACUGACGUGUUGCUGGGGAAGCAUGAUGACCGUGUUGACGACAGGAUUGAAUCCUCCUAAGGAACAGAAUAACAAAGGAAUAUUGAGUAGAGACGGUGGUAGACGAGGUAUCAGAGAUACCGUGAUCUUGUCUUUAGAAGGACUUCACAAAGCUGCAAGUCUGAGUAACUUGAGUGAUAUCAAACUUUUAAUUAAUGACAUAGGCCUACAAAAUCGUUGUGGUUCUAUCUUCGCUCUACUAGUCAAAGCAGCCUGUACCGAGCAGUCCAUCUCGAAAAUUACGAGAACGAAGGAUGUUCUACGUCUGAAAUUGCAAAAUAGGGCAACCAAUAUUCACACGUCUCACGCACUGAGUAUGGACGUGCUUUUAGGAAAAGGUUUAGAGCUUGGAAGUCAUGGUAGCGAUUGUUGGCCUCACGUUUUCACGUGUUGCUUGUAUGUGAGCAAACUGGAGCACGAUUUCUUUGGAAGAAAUCAGAAUCCAUCGUUGCCUAAAGCCCAACAAAAGAAAGAAAAGAAGGAUAGUUCAAAUGGAGAUCCGAAGGGAAGCCAAGAUCGAUUGAAACUUAAUUUCAACAUCACCGAAGAAGAAGAAACUUGAUACAAUUCCAGAAAUAAUCCAAGAAUCGAAUGCGGACAGUCAAUUUAAUGGAAUACUUCCAGCUGACUAUGCUGCAAAAAUAAUCUGCGUCCUAUCGCAACAAGUCGACAGACUAUUCGAAAACGCUGCAUUGAAACUGAACCUUAAAGCGUUGUGCUUAUUUCUGACUGCCCUUUGCAAAGCCAGUAAGGCACAGUUAUUCAAAACCACGGAUGGAUUCAAAGACAAUAAGAGGUUCUGGUGGAGAAGAAGCAAACCCAGAGAGAAUGAAAUGAACGUGUUGCUUUUGGCUCGAUUGGGGGAAGUUAUGCUAAAGUGUGUGAAGAGUGGACGACCUCUGAUUCAUAUAAUGAGGAUUUGGAGUAUCCUAGGGCCACACUUUAUGGAGGCAGCUUGUCACAAGGACCGUGGCAUUUCGAAAAAAGCAGUACAAUGUAUUCAUGAUUCGAUGGCAGCUUUACUGAACGAACAAGUGGAAUUACCUCACUUCCACUUCAACGAGGCUCUCUUCAAACCUUUCGAGAAUCUAUUGUGCCUGGAACUUUGCGACAGUGACGUUCAAGAUCAAAUUGUCAGUUGCAUCUGCGAGUUCGUAGAGACCAAUAGAACCGAGAUUCGAUCAGGUUGGCGUCCACUUUUCGGAGCGCUACGCGUAGCUUCAGUCGGCAACUCAGAUUCCGUGGAGUCUGCGCCACUCUUGGAAGUCUUCAGGGUCUUUCUCUCCACGGACAACACGCUCGUAUUCGCCAAUGCAGCGCUAGAUUGCAUUCUAUGCCUUCUGAAACACGUGCGAGGCAUCGGUGACACGGAGAGUCACCAAGAUGACCAGGAUCAAGUCGACAUCGUGGAAUCCCGUAAAAUGAGACUCUGCGUCGAGAGCCUGAAAUAUCUUCUGAGCUGCAGCGAUAUUCUCGCGUCGAUGUACGGCAUGCCGGCUUGCCCGAUCUUCCAUUCAGCCCAGAGAAUCCAGGUCUCCACCAUUCCUCAGUACGUCGAUCCUACGAUACCCAACUCCGAGUUGAUCAGGUUCGACAAACACGUUGAGUCGAUGCAGGAGACGAUGCCUGAGAAGUCGCACGAUAUAUUAAUGGACAAUGUUCAUACAAUUACGACGUUGCAAAGCAUGGACAAGCCGAGCGGGAUCUUGCGAGUCUGGUACAUUCUGAUCGAGGGCCUGGCAAGCGCUACCAUGAUCUGCCCUAAACGUUACCAACCACACACGUUGGAAACCUUGUUUCAUUUGCUGAGAGACACGUUGAACGUGCCCGGGCCAACCUUUGGUCUGUACUGCGUGAAUCAUCUGCUUUUGCCUAUGGUGCAGAAUUGGUUGAGGAGGACCUCGAAGAUCUUUAGAGGAUGGGACAAUUUCGCGCCGAAUUUUAAGCAGUGCUGCGGACUCACCACGGAUUUGGUUGUUGAUUAUUUAACUCAUUUGCAAGGACCCGAGGUUGUCAGAAACGACGCCUAUUUACCAGCCACGACGCUGAUGUUGAAGCAAUUGUUGCUAGUGAUGGCGGAAUGCGUGGUCCAACCCACGGAGAGCAUAGCUCGUCUAGGCUGUGCCUGUAUUAGGCACGUUCUGGUAAGCAGCGGGCCGCUACUCACCCCAGAACAAUGGGAGGUCUGCGGCGUCGCCUGUUACCGCGCUUGUUCAAAUUCCCUGCAAGAGCUGCACCAGUUGACCAUGGCUUUCUCGCCGAGGUCCGAGUCCUUUUACGGUGACGUUGCACAGGUCAAGGUCGCGGCGCGACGGGAUGCGACGAUCGAAGAGUCCGAGAGGCUACGACAGCUCGCUGCUCAGGUGUUCCUCCUGGAGGAACAACGCGGCGAAGAUGCUUCGAGAAGAUCCGACGACAGGUCCUACGUUUUCCUCCUGUAUCCACCAUCGGUGGGUUCCACACUCAAUCCCGACCUUUAUAUCGUUAGAGUUCAGCUGAGAGCGUUGGUUGUCGGCCUCCUGGUCCACCAGAUGCUUCUUCAUUGCAUCGCCAGUAUACUCUUGCAAGGUCCUGACUCGUCCUAUCCUAGUUUGUCAGUGGUCAUACCACAAUCGGCAGCAUCCACGUCGCCGAAGUCAGUGACACCAGGCUUCCUGUCUUGUUUAACCAGCCACCACAUAGACAUCUUCCUCUCAGCCUUGGAUCUGUCCUAUGCAACAGCCCUAAAAUUCGACUGUCGUCCCGGAUUAAAAUUCCUAGUCCAGAAGGUAGCGAACCUGCCUCAACCAGCGAAUCUCUAUCGUCAGGCCGGAGUGGCUUGGACGAUCAAGAUCAUCACGCUGUUCGAGCUCUGCCUGCACGAGAUAGAGAACACCCAAGCAACGCUGGAGGUCGUGAAGACGAUCCUCACCUCGAGCCCCGAGGACAAGGAGCUUCUCAAGAGUGCCACUCUGCGAAAGCUCGCCAAGUAUCUGCGACAGUUGCGAACGAUCUUCGAAGAACUUUGCGAAAGUUACGUGGAAGUGGUUCUGGACGAGGACGGAAGGCACACGAGAGUGGACAGUUUCUCCGAGAGAAAGAUAUUUCUGUUGGUAGCGCAGCCGGACGAUUUCCCGGAGAUCACCUGCAAAGAGCCGAUCGGCGACAGAGCUCUAGCCACGCCAGCGCCGGUGGAACUGCCUGUAGAUUCGGAAGAGGACGCGGAAGAUCAGCUGGAUCAAGAGGAUCAAGAGGACAUCGAGAACUACAAUCCGAACUUCGACGACGAAAGUGGAUUGGAGGAACUUGGCCCGGAGUGUGAAGACGAUCCGAGACCUUUCAGGCUGUCUGACCUAGCAGUGGAGUAUUCCACUGACUCGGGUCCACAGUCCGAGCCAGAGACUGACGACUCCAGACCAGUUUCUAGGUUGGGUUCCGUCACGGAGAAAGUUGUGUAUCCGGAUAGAUCUGGCGGCACCUCGAGCGAGGGAUACAUAGACGGAAAGUGCAGUUCAACUACACCGGCGUCGUUGCAACUGAUCAACGCUAGGGACAAUUUGUGUUAUAAGUUCACAGGCACGCUGAGAAGAACAGAGUCUGUGGAUUCGUUCGGCACUUCCGUUCUGGAGAUCAAAUCAACGAGCACUGGCCUGACGUACGACGAGAUCGACCUGUUCAGGAAAUCGAGACUGGAGCGAAGAAGAAGCGAUGCUUGCUUGUUGACUCGGAAGAGCUCCCUGAGAUUUGUCGAACCGAUCGGCAUCGACGACUCGGAGAAAUUCAUGAGAUUUAGCUCUGGUAAUAUCCGAUGUAGAUCGGUGAUGGAACUGAGAAAGAGAGCUGGAUCUACUGUGGCUGGAUCUACCGUGUCCGGGUCGUCGAAUGACUUCGAGAUGUCCUCGCGUGUCUCUUCGAAAGUUGGGAUAAAAGAGGAGGACGAUCUGCCGAAGAUUUUUGACAACAUAGAUGAGUUGCUGCGUGACUAUGAACGCAGUAAGCGAGGAUUUAGAACGAAUCCGUUCUUGAGAAAGGAUGGAGAAGACUCUAACGCGGAGACUGAAGAAUCGCCAAGCCGGGAGUCGGUGUUUUGCAGGAAGAACAACGUCUGCAAGGACAGCGAGGCUCACAGGAACGCCUGGGCCGAGAUGUUGAGCACGAUUUUGGACUGGACUCUGGCUUUGUCUGACGAUCAACUGAUUCCGCUGCUUCCUGUUUUCGUCAGCGGUGUGAGAGUAUUGACACGGUAUGCGGUCGACCAGAUUCUCAAGCAGCGAUUGUCCACGCUUUUCCAUCGGAUUGCAGUGCUGUACGGCCUGACGAGCAAUUAGGAACAGCUUCAAUACAUCUGGCAACAGAUGUAUUUUCACAAUUCGUUCUGAAGUAGACGAUGGAUGUUAAUGUGUUGGAAAUAUGUAUGAAACUAUCUUCGACGCAAAGUUUUCUGUUUCUUCGUGAUUGACGACUCUUUGAACAAGAUAUGCAAUAUACAUAUAUAUAUAUAUAUAACUGGUUUCAGUCAAUAUAUUCGUAAUAAAUAUUAAAUCUUCCAUUUUAAGACGAAGAACAUUAAUAGACUGAUGAUCAGAGUCAAUCUACGAGAUUAAGAUGAACAGCAAGAGGAAUAGUCACGAAUGAUUUCAACUAACUACGUUAAGAAACUGCUGUUCUCAACGUUCCUCAUCUUACUGAAAUUUUAAGGACCAUUCUACGUGUCAUGCUUGUUAAAUAAAUUUCAGAGAAUAACGAGGGAACAAGUAAUAAAGAUCGUGAUAAAGAUCUUUCUUCGUUCAUGGUAAUCAAACAGGAAAGGAAAAAGGAAUAACAAAGAUUUCACGACUGAACGAGAUUGAAAAUCGAAAAUUUCGUUAUUUCAUAGAGAGAUACGAAGAUUUUCAGAUUCGCGAAGAACUUCAUGUGAUAUAUAUUAAAAAAACGAAGAAAGAGGGGGAGAAAAAUAAGAUGAAUUCCAAGAGGUUAUCAAGAGGAUCAAAGAUCAUUUCGUUACUUCAGCUUCGUGAAUAAUUGAACGAUUUCGAGGUUCGAGAAGGGAAACGAUGAGAGAAAUUUCACGAAGAUCAUCAAGAAGAUGGAAGAUCGCUUCGUUGCUUCAAAAACAGACGCUACUAUAAUUUCUAACUUCGCGAAGAAUUCAAUUGCAAACAAAAAUACAAGGAACUGGAUGAGAUUUUUAAUUUCAAUCGUCAUACGUAUUAAUAAUUAACAAUGCCCGAAAGCAUGGUCCGUGUCAAGAUCUAUGUUCUCUGUCGUCUCUUUCCGAGAUCAAACUCGAGAAACCCUAAUUUCUCGUUUCUCCUUCGACAAGAUACGAUGAACGAAUAUUUCAAAGAAGAAAAGAACCAACGUAAGAGAAAGAUUCCACGAUGAAAGUGCACGACCAAAGAUCGUUUCAACCGAUUCAGAGGAAUCGGACUCGACUUCGAGAGCUCGUGAUGCACGCAACAGAACGACGUAACUUCGAUUGUUUCCUCGAAGAAGAGGAACGACGUCCCCUUUUGAGCGUGCCUAUCUCUAGUUUACCGCUGAGACGCGUCGACACGGAGAGACAAGGAUUUUAUUUACGAUCCACUCUGCACGCACGUCUUCUCGAUUCUCAUUUUAUGCUCUUUGCGCUUAACUGUAGUUUGCGGUCCAGUCGCAGAGAGUCGGACGUACCGUGGAGGGGUUUUACUUCCAUCUCGGACACACGCGUCGCGACCAGUUCGAUACAUUUCGUCAGCUGCCAACGCAGGUUGCCUAUCGAUUCUCCAGAAAAAGUUUUUCAGAGUAUUCUAGAAUGUCUGUCUUUAGAAAAAAAAAAAAAAAAAAA